AUGGGCCAAACUGACUAUCACAAUGCAGUUGUCAUCUCAGAAUUAGGCAGUAGCGCCCUGCCACAGCUGGGGAAUGGAACAGCUUGGUGUGCGUUCCUGCAGAUGAGUCGAAGCAGCAACGCCGAAGCGAUGAAAUACCGCCGUAUCAGUCGAAUCAAAUAUCGCCCUUCUGUCCAUCCGCCCAACCCCCCGCCCAACCCCCCGCCCAACCCCCCGCCCAACCCCCCGCCCAACCCCCCGCCCAACCACCCGCCCAACCCCCCGCCCAACCACCCGCCCAACCCCCCGCCCAUCCACCCACCCGCCCAACCCCCCGCCCAUCCACCCACCCGCCCAACCACCCGCCCAACCCCCCGCCCAACCACCCGCCCAACCCCCCGCCCAUCCACCCACCCAACCCCCCUCCCAUACCACCCGCCCAACCCCCCGCCCAUCCACCCACCCGCCCAACCACCCGCCCAACCCCCCGCCCAACCACCCGCCCAACCCCCCGCCCAUCCACCCACCCAACCCCCCUCCCAUACCACCCGCCCAACCCCCCGCCCAUCCAUCCACCCGCCCAACCCCCCGCCCAACCCCCCGCCCAUCCACCCACCCAACCCCCCUCCCAUACCACCCACCCAACCCCCCUCCCAUACCACCCGCCCAACCACCCGCCCGUGUUCACCCCUGAACUCUGUGCCCUGGAACAAGCUGGAUGCCGACGAGGGCACUUGUGCAGAGGGACUCACUAUCCAGAGAAUCCCCUUCGGCAGAGCCAGUGAUGCCUGGACCCCAACUCCUCCAACAGCUCCAAUCGGAUCUCGCAAAAUCAGUUCUCCGCUGUAA